CGCAGACGGGUCUAGGGUCUCGGGUUUGCAACCCUGAACCGAACCGAGACGACACACAAACGAAAGGAAAGGCAGGCAAAAGCUUCGCCGAGGGCCACCAGAACUAGAGGCAGUGCCGAAAAGCCAACUUUUUUGCUGCCCGGCUUGUGGUGGCGACGUUGGCGCGUUGAGCGAGGCCCGAUGCUGAACUAUGUGCCAAGGUGAGGCAGCAAUGACGCAGAGCAGGCAGAUGACGGAGAUCUCCCGAGAUCUGGCUCAGAAAAGUGUGUGUGUGUGAUUGUGCUUCAGGCGGACGCCUGGCGUGAAGCUGCUGUAUGGCAAGAGGCCUGUGCAGAGGAUAAUUGCCGGCCACAGCAAAUUCCUCAUUGCGGUACGCGACAACAAUCUCAUUCAUCACUUGCGCAUCUUGCCUGCUGCCCAUCUGUGGCUGCGUGUGUGUGUGCAGAUCCCCACCACGACGACAGAUAAGAUCUACGAGAAGGUGGAUGAGUCGGUGUACUAUGAGAACAACACAUACAACCCGCUGCAGUGGAAGGACUACGUCAAGAUCAAGUCAGCAACAACCGGCAUAGAGACGGGGAAUGGCGUGUGGGAUCCUCACUCUGUUUGUGUGCCCUCCUGCCUGUCUGUGUCUGUCUGUCUGUCUGCGUUGGAUUCGUUCAGGCUUGAUGCCCAGAAUUUGAUAGAGGCCGACGUCAAGUCGGCUCUGACCAACCUUGACUUCUAUCCCAAGGUCAGCCAGCCACACCACACAAGCACCCACGAUGAUGCGCCUCUCAUUGGUGCUGCUGUUGUCUGCCGUUUGCCCUUCUUGUGUCAGAUCCAAGGGCUGUAUGCCGGCCAGCAGUCGCUGGCAGAGAUGGACGCGGCACUCAAGAUGUCGGCCAAGCCCCAGUUCAAGUUCCCUCUUGCAUCUGGAGGCACCACCAAGUGAUCUGAUCCGUUCCUGGCUGGGUGGACGAAUGGAGACAGGCAGGCAGGCAGAUGCGCUGUACGUACGUACGCCUCGCGAAAUGCGCGCGAGGCUGAUGGACAGAUGCUCUGAUGGUUUGUUUUGUCCGCCCGAACGGGUUCUGUGAGUGAGUGUAGUUGACUGUCGUGUUCGCUCUGCAAACAAUAACGCGUGUGCACACAGCAAUGCAUGUGAUGUGCAUCAAAAGACGUGAUUGGCAUCUCCAUGAGUCGCGCCGCCCUCCCUUCAGCUACGGAGACAACCACAUUUUUUAAGCUCGUCAUCACGUUUCGGAGGCUGCAGGCUGCGCUUCUCUGCAU